AUGGCUGAGACAAAGCACUUUCCAGUAGAAGAGUCCAAGGAAACGACCGAAUUAGGAAAACAACAUUACAGAAACCGUGCAAAGAAAUUGAAACGCUCCAAAUUUCUGCCCAAUGCGAAACGGUUUGGCAAACGAAAUAGCUUCGGCCGGGGUUUCGAACUGGAGCAGGUAGAAUACAACUAUUUGGUCUCGAUACUCGAAGCAAUGACCAAACAGAAAGACACCGAGGAGCGGCAGCUGAUAGCGAAUAACGUGAUGGGCCAGCUGAAGGGAAAAGAAAUGCGAACCGCUUUGAAUCAGGUUGGAAGCAGGGUGCUGGAAAAUCUGCUCGUCUAUACCGGCGAGGAAACUUUUGCAACGCUAACGGAUUUCUUUGCAGACAAUUUUCGUGUCUUCUGCUGCGAUUUAUUCGCGUCACACGUGUUGCAGAAAAUGUUGCACAUUGCGAUGUUGCGAGCAGUUGCUCCUUUGCAGCCGGAAAAAGAUGAGCAAGAUAGCCAACAGCAGAGCCAGAAAAAAAGGCCAGGUAGCGCGGAUUGGAACGUGAACAGUGUCUGGCCUUGCGUCGAGUACAGCAUGAAAGAGCAGUACAGCGAUGACCAUAGGCAAAAGUGUCGCCAGUUUGUCGAACGGAUGGCAAAGUUUCUGGUGAACAAUCUCGAGGAGUUCGUUUGGGACACGAAGGCCAACUUCGUGAUAAGGCAGUGUAUGUUGAAUUUAAGUGGCAUCACAGAGAAAAAAGCUGUCGAAGGAAGCGAAUCAAAGCAUUUGGCCGUACCGGAACAAUGGCAAAAGCUGCUGAAUGAGUUUAGCGCGCGCCUGCUGUCUUGGCCACAGUUUGGUGACCUGGCGCACUCGGAUCUAACAGCGGUGAUGCUACAAGAUCUGCUGAGAGCCGUUGCCGUGACUGGCGAUGUAUUUCAACUGGAGCAACUCGUUUCAAAACUCUACAAGGAAGUGUUUCGAGUGAAGAAAAAAGACAAGAAAGAGGAACCAAAUCAGGACGAAAAGCCGGACGAACCGGAUUUACCUAACGUUUUCAGAAAUGAAAGCAUUGAACGUUUGCUGGAGUUGUGCAUUGUUGUUGCUCCGGCUCAAUUUUUAAAAGAUAAACUAUUUGCCCGACUGUUCCGAGGCCACGUGAAACAACUGGCAUUAUCGAGAACGUGCAACUUUGCGGUGCAGAAGCUGAUCGAUCACACAUCGGACAAAGACAUGAUGGAUUUGAUCUUCGGCGAGCUCGAAGACAGCUUCGAGAAAUUGCUCCAUGUGGGACACACUGGUGUUCUGCUGACGGUGGCCAAAGCGUGCGUUCGGCUUUCCUGCCAGCAGGGCAAGUUUGUAAAACUUUUUCUCGAUGCACUGCACUGCGAUGAAGUUGCUCCAGAGAAAAUGAUUAUGGCCUUCCUCUAUCUUAUUCCCGUCAAUAUAACACCUUUAAACCCCCCAAAAAUCCACCUGCAUGGAUCUUUGAUCCUGCAGGCAAUACUGGAUUUUAACAAACCGAUUAAAUUUGUCACCGCCCUGCUAGGCAUAUCGAACGACCGGUUGGCGGAGAUAUUCAUCGAUCCACGCGGUUCCUUCAUUGCAAACGCGUUCGUCCAGGGUCGUUCAGUGGGAGAAAAGUCGCGCGAAAAGCUAGUCCGUCAUCUCGAGGGACAAUAUUGUCACCUGGCCCUAACCGCGCACGGGUCACGUGUGGUUGAGAUCAUGUACGAGGCUGGCAAUGCGGCACAACGAGAAAACAUUGUGCAUGAGCUGGCCGAGCAGUGUGCCCAGCUGAACAAUAAACCCUGGGGUACGAUGAUCAACAAGCGACUGCUGGUGGAUACAUAUAAGCGUGAUCCGGCGCGGUGGAGAGUUGCAAUUAAGAAUGAUGCCAAGGUGGGGAAAAUGUUCAGUAAACUAAUGGACGGAAAGAAAAGGAAACUGGAGAGUUAA